UACGCCAAAUUGAGUGUUGCCAUGGUGAUUCCACAUAUAUAAACAAACUAAACUAAAAACUUUUCGGUUGAAAUAUUUUGUUCCCGUAAAGAAUAAAUUGUUGAAAAUGGAUGAAUUAGAUUACAAAAGUGUGAUUUUGUACUAUGGUCGAGAAAAGUUGUACCGAACCAUGCAGCGUAUCGUUUUGGAUGCAACGGGAAAGUAUACCGCCGAUACCAGUUUUAGGUUUUAUAACGGAAUCGCAUUGAUUCUCGAAGGAGUGAGACUACAAGAAGGCAUUCGAGAAUUGAAUCAGUUGAUUGGCGAUAAGGAUUUGGGAAUGGCUGUGGUGUUAAGCUUAUUGUAUGCUCAUAAACGAUGCAGUGUUAUUGAUAAGGAAGAACUUCUAAGCCUGGAUAGCAGACUUAAAGAUGAACGUAAACGCCUUACGUCCAUGUCUGCAUACUAUUCAUCAUUGUUUCUUUUUCUAACUGGAAAAUAUGACAAGGCAAAAGAGUAUGCAGAUAAGGCUCAAAGACUUGGACCAAAUAAUCCCGAAAUUUUAACAUUGAAAGGAUGGUGUGAGCUAGUUUCUCACAAGCCCCGUUCAUCAUUCAUAUUGGACCUAUUUGAUAAAGCACUUGAACAUGGAAAGCAAAUUGAUGCCAAUAUUGGACAAGUGCGGUAUCACCAGCUGAACAACGACUUUGAAGCAGCAAUUACCGUUUUAAAUCGACUUUCCGUACGGUAUCCUGAAUUGAAUAUUCCACUCAUUGAAAAAAUGAGAUGUCACCUUUCCAAUUGGAAUUGGGAAAAUGCUGUUGAGACAUCAACGAGGAUUCUUAACCUCGAACCCACUAAUCUUGAAGCAUUGCAAGUGAAAAUAUUAAUCCUAGUUGCAAAGGAUGGGAAUUAUACCAGCAGUCUCUCAGCGUUACAGUAUUUGUUUACUACAAUGGAGAAAAUCGAACCUGCUAACGGAGACCUUUUCAUGCAAACGGGGCAACUUUUUUCCAGAAUUUGUGGAAGAAAUGCUUCAAUUCUAUCCCAUACAUACUCUUUUGUAGAAAAAGCCUACAAAUUGAAUUCAUCAAAUGCAAAAUAUAUCACAGAAUUGGGGUAUCAAAAUGUGUUGCAGAAAAAUUACAAAGAAGCAACAAAACUGUUCAAAUUAGCAUCUAAAUUAGACGACAGUUCAAUGUACGCUUUGUGUGGACUGACUUUAUGUCAGAUGAUGGAUUCAGGAAUUAGUGAACAAGUGUCUCAGCAGAUUGAAUUUUUGACUGAAAUUCAAGGAGAGGACAAAAUACCGCUCUUAUUGCUGAUGUCUUCUAAACUACACCAUACAAAUCACGAAACAGCUGUUAGCAUGCUGCUUCAAGCAAGUGAAAUUCAAUUCAAAAAUUUGAAUGCAUUGUCCUAUGGGCUGGAGUAUUUGAGACAAUUCAAUCCUGAUUUUUUAAUACAGUUGGUUAAAGAGCUAUUGAAGCACUCACCUGCAGAGCAGAGCAUGGAUAUGAUGUCGAUCGAUUCUUUACAUCCCUCACUCAGACAUAGUGCUAAUAUACUAGAUUCGAUUGUUAAAGCUUGCCCUGGACUGGUUGAAGCUUCAUAUCUGUUAGCACGUGUACAAUAUCUUAGUGGUGAAGUUGGAGCUGCCGCAGGCACUUUACAGAAAAUUCUACAAGAGAUUGACUCAACCUAUUCAGAUGCACACUUACUCAUCGCACAAAUUCACAUACAACAAAAAUCAUAUCAAAGAGCUGCGCAGAGCUUAGAAAUAUGUCUGAGUCAUAAUUUCAAGGUUCGUGAUGAUCCCAUGUACCAUCUACUACUAGGAAUUGUGUAUAAAAAUCAACAACGUUUCGAAGACGCCCUCAAGAGCUUCUUUAUCGCUAUGGGAAUUUGUGGAAUCAAUACUAAUGGAAGCCAAGGCAAAUCUGUAGCAAAUAUGAAAUCUGAUGGAAAGCCCCUUGGCGUGUCAGAUUUACUUACACUGUACUUAGAAGUUAUAAACACCCAUGUUCUUAUGAAUCAAAAUUCAGAAGCUCUAAAACUUAUGCAAUUAGUUUCAUCUGAGUUCGCAUCUACAACAGAAGAAGGAAGACUCUCAGUCGCAACAGCAGAUUUUUACAUGCAGCAAGGAAAUUUUGUCAAAGCAAUUGAGCUUUUAAAAACGAUCAAACCGAACCAACAAUACUAUAUUCAGGCAAAAACGAAAAUGGCCCAUUUUUACUUAGUGCAUAAAAAAGAUCGCUUAGCAUAUGCUCAAUGUUUUCGAGAACUAGUAGCUAAUUGUCCAGGCCCAUCCAGCUACUUGAUGUUGGGAGAUGCUUAUAUGUCUAUACAAGAAGCUGAUGAAGCAAUAGAAGCCUACAGACAAGCUCAGAAACAGAACCCACGGGAUGCACUACUUGCAAGCAAACUAGGCAGGGCAUAUGUUAAAACUCAUCAGUACAAAAAAGCGAUAUCCUAUUAUCAAGAGGCAAUCGCUACACCAGAGAAUAGUCUCCUGAAGUUAGAUUUGGCUGAGUUGUUUUUAAAACUUAAACAAUAUUCAAAUGCAGAGCAGACUUUGGUAGAUGAAAUCGAAUUAUCAAAAAAUGAAAUCGAAGAUAUUUCUACGUUGCAAACCAGGACCAAACAGCUCUUAUUAUUGGCACGCGUUCGAGAAAAGGCUGGAUAUUUGAACUCAUCGUUGAAUACCUUGAAAGAAGCUCGAGAUAAUCAGUUCAAAAUACUUAAGCAUCUUGAAAUGGAGCAGAAUGUAGCACUGCACGAACAAAAUAAAAUACUAGUGAGUAGAAUUUGCGUUUUAAUGGCAGAGCAGUCAAUUGCUAUCAGAGACAAUGAGCAAGCAAUUCACCAUUAUCGGGAAGCACUAAGGAUGAAUUCUAAUGAUGUGGGGUUACUCUCAGCUUUGGCUCGAACCUACAUGCAUGUGAACAAUAUGGAUCAAUGUCAACUGACCUGUGCAACAAUACUACAGAACGAUCCAAACAAUGAGGUAGCAUCGGUUAUGAUGGCAGAUUUGUCAUUCAGAAGGAUGGACUUCGAGAAUGCUGCCUUUCAUUUCUCUCAAUUGCUGCUAUCACAAUCGACGUACUGGACAGCAUUAGCCAGAUUGAUAGAAGUUAUGCGUCGAUCAGGAACGCUGCACGAUGUUCAACAGUUUUUACAUCGAGCCGAGGAUGAAUGUGCUCGUCCGGACACUGAGGCUGGUCUCAACUAUUGUAAGGGAUUAAAUGAAUGGUACGGUGGAAAUCCAAAUAGUGCCUUAAGAUUUUUCAAUAACUGUCGUAAAGAUACUGAAUGGGGACAACAAGCAAUUUAUAACAUGAUUGAAAUUUGCUUAAAUCCUGACGGAGAUCUACCUAAUGAAGGUGUGAUUGACAUUGGAGCUGAUGAUUUAGAAAUCAAAGACUCUAGAGCAAUGGCUCUCAGAACAGCAGAACGUUUACUAAAGGAAUUAAAACCACGCCCAGGUGUGAUCGAUAACGAGGCAUUGAAUCACCGAUUGUUGGAAAAUUUUCUUCUAGUGGCAUCCAGACAAAAACAUAGCAUAGAUAGGGCGCUGCAAGAUUUUACAGCAAUUGCUACUCAAGAAGAAUAUAAAGACCACGUUGGAGCAAUUUAUGGCAUGGCAUCAGCAUACGUUAUAUUGAAACAAUCUCAAAGAGCUAAAAAUCAAUUGAAACGAAUUGUCAAAGUAAACUGGACUUUCGAAGAAGCUGAUUAUCUCGAAAAAUCCUGGUUGCUGUUAGCCGAUCUGUAUUUACAAGCUGGAAAAUAUGAAAUGUCCACAGAUUUACUUAGACGUGUUCUAGAACACAAUAAAUCAUGCACGAAGGCCUAUGAACUUCUGGGCCUUAUUUCUGAAAAAGAACAAAAUUUUAGAAACGCAUCAAUGUAUUAUGACUCGGCAUGGAAAUGCAGCGCUAAAUCGAAACCAAAUAUUGGGUAUAAGUUGGCAUUUAACUAUAUGAAAAUUAAACGAUAUGCAGAAGCAAUCGACAUUUGCCAGCAAGUUUUAAAAACUCACCCAGAUUAUCCAUCAAUCAAAAAAGACAUCCUCGAUAAAUGCAGAAAUAAUUUGAAAAACUAAUUAAAAACAUAACUUUUCCAUUUAAUUAAGCUUUACAUAUAUUUAUAUCAUUCAUAUUACAUAUUAUUAUUCACAUAAUAAACAUAUUCAUAAUAUU